AUGGCAAAACGUCUGGAACCUCUUCUUACCAGGAUUAUAUCUGAGCAACAGUGUGCUUUUCAGAAGGGAAAGCUUAUUCAUGACAAUAUCAGUGUGGCAUCAGAGCUUUCCAAUCUGAUGUUCUCUUCCACUAGAGGAGGAGGCCUUGGAUUAAAAAUAGACAUCAAGAAAGCCUAUAACACAAUAUCCUGGUCCUUCCUUUACCAAGUGUUGUGUCACUUUGGCUUCUCAAAAAAGUGGAUUACAUGGCUUCACCAACUUCUAGUAUCGACUAGGAUAUCAAUCCUUGUCAAUGGAGGUCCACAGGGAUACUUUGGUGUGGAGCAUGGGUUGAGGCAAGGGGAUCCCAUCUCUCUGAUGCUGUUUAUUAUAGCGGAAGAAGUCCUUACUAGGGGACUGACUAGGCUAAUCCACACGAAUAAUUUGAAGAUGAUUUAUGGCCCUAGAGGCGUCCCUACCCCUGGACAUAUCCUCUUUGCUGACGAUAUAUUUAUCUUCUCCAACGCUUCUUUGAGGUAUGUCCGUAAUUUAAGAGAUUUUCUGUGCAAGUACCAAGAGUUCUCUGGUCAGGCUAUUAAUUUUGAGAAAAGCAAACUUUUCCUUGGAAAAAUUGCUUCGACCUGCAAGCAGACCAUUGCUAAGACCCUUGGCAUCCCAAUUUGCAACUUCCCCACUCGCUAUCUAGGAGUGGAGAUAUUCAAAGGGAGAGUGAAAAAAGAAGCCUUACUACCGAUCAUGGACAAAGUAAAGUGUAGACUUACAGGAUGGAAAGGGAAGCUCCUAUCGAUGGUAAGAAGAGUGGAAUUGGUCCGCUCUGUGAUCUCUGGUAUUCUGAACCAUGGCUUUGCAGUGUAUUGGUGGCCGUCUUCCCUUCUUGUCACCAUGGAGAGGUGGAUGAGAAACUUCAUCUGGUCGGGAGAGGUAGACACUGCGAAGACGAUAACAGUGAUAUGGGAUACCUUAUACAAACCCAAGGAGGAAGGGGGUCUGGGAAUACGAAGACUUAGAGAGACAAACAAGGCUUUAAUUGGUAAAUUGGUCUGGAGAAUGAAACAUGAAAGGUCUACGGCCUGCACUUUCCUUAGAGCUCGAUUUGUUAAGAAGGAGGGUCUCUUCAAUAAGGGAAGCCGCCCUUCCUCAAUUUCUAUGGGAGUUAGAAAAAUGUGGGACUUUGUGAAGGAUAACGAGAGAUGGAUUAUUGGGAAUGGUAAUUUGGCAAAUUUCUGGAAAGAUAAAUGGUGGGGACCAAAAUCAAUCCUAGAAGAAAUUCAGAACAUUGACCUAUAUUCCCUUUCUACUUCCUCUAAGGUUGGCGACUUUAUCAGAGAAGUAGAAUAG